AUGGGGAUGGAACUUGCGUUCAAGAUGACCGAUUUAAUACCAUCUGAAUAUGGGUUAUCAGUGAUAAAGGGCGUGCUGGGCAUAGCCUUUGAGGUAAUGAUCGAAUACCCAAAGAAUCGUUUAACUCCUUCACAGACCGCAAAAAAGCGCCAAGAGAACCGGAACAAGAUUCUUGAAGCAUUCGAAAGUAUCCCCGGAAGCAUUUUAUCCAUUAACCUCGCUUGUGGUCUGUUAAAGCCCACCGAAGCAGAUGAGAAGCUUCGACAGGACUUCCACGUCACCCUUCUGAAUCGUAUGCCGGAACUGGUUGAUAUACUUCUAGGCAAGCCAGCCUGGUAUGUUCGAGUCAGAAGCCACAUGACCUUCAAAAUUCGCGAAACGAUGAAAGUUGAUGAGAUACUUUCUGAGUGGAACAAUUACAUAGCGACUCUGAAGGAACGUGUUUCGCGUAUGAGGGACCGACUUUGGAGCGAAGUCGCUUAUCACAGUGCCGAAGCCCAUCAACUGGGAACCCAGGCAAACACUAAGCUUGAUAAAUUUAGCAAUCGGUUUGAUGAGAUCCAAUCAAUUAUUGUUGCUCUGGGUCCCGCUAUUGUGGCUGCAAUGAAGACGGAGUUUGGCAAUGAGUUCCGCAAGAUGGAACGUGCUAUUCAGGCCAACGAGCUCGGGGCCAAGGCGCAGACUCUUCUCCUUUAUGGAUUUGAAGAACUAGAGUAUGCGAACAACCAGACUGUGAACGCGAGCUAUUACAGCCAUGCAUCUAGCUCGCAAGGAGACACCCAGCCACCGCAGAUUGAGCCAUGCACACUCAUCACACAAUUAGAGCUCCUGGGUCUCCUCCGCGUAUCACCAUCAUCUGCAUUGGCGGACUUAGACUUCAUCUUGCAGCAGGCUAGCAGAUAUCCCGAGUGGUCUCUCCGACAGAUAUGGUGGCUGACCAAAAUGGAUGAAUUUGUGAACUGGUAUCACGGUCCCCAAUCCUCAUUGCUCCUAGCAGAUGGAUUUCUGGACUGUGCUUCGUCAGAUACGAUCACACCCAUGUCAAUCUUGGACGCAAGCUUUAUACUUAACCUCCGCCGAAAUGCGUCUCGAAUCGUCUUAUCCUUUUUUGCCGAUCUUUACGAUAGCCACGAUGCGCAAGAAGACCCAAAUGUCACCGGCCCCAGCGGGCUAAUCCGCAGCUUAAUUGCGCAGCUCCUGUCGCAUGAAAGCCUCCCCGAUCCAGACCUGGGGUUCCUUACACAUGAGUGGAUUGAAGCUUGUCGGGAUGACGAUCUGAAGGCGCUAUGCGAGUUGUUCAAGCAGUUAGUCCUGCAGGUACCUCCUGGAAUGCAAGUAUUCUGCGUUCUCGACGGGUUAGUUAUAUACGAGGACCAUCACACGUGGGGUAGACAGAUAGACUACGUCGCAGCUCUCUUCGAACAUAUUGUGCGGAGCACGAGACAUCCUGAUACUCCUGGAUUCAAGGCGUUGUUCACAUUUGCCAACAGGAGUCUGCAAAUCUCAGAUAGAGUGGAUAGAUCUCUCGAUGUUUGGGGACAUGCACCUUUGACAGCUCAUCAUAUGGAUGGUAUGCCGUUGAUGAUUUGA